AAACAGAGAUCAGGGAUACGUGACAUAUCACAUAUCACCACAUAUAGAUUACAUAUAAAAUCACGGCAUAUUUUUAUUUACCUAAAUCGACGUAGUAGUUGCGAAAAUGUUAAAAGAAGCAUUUAUCCUGCUGUCUGUAUCAUGUUUUGUUCUGGGUAAUCCUGAUUUUAUAUCAGAUCUAAUGGAUGCUUUAGAAAAAACAGUUCCGAAUAGGUCAAAUGAAAACAAAGGAAAACAUAAAGGCAGAACAAAGGGGGCAGGUGCUGAUAGGUCCGUCGAAGAAGGCGAACAAGGAAAAAAAGAACCUGCAAAAAAUAAACCUAUGGAAGCAGAACCUAAAGCAGAACCUGAAACAGAACCCAAAGCAGAACCUAAAGCAGAACCUGAAGAAUUACCAGAAAAAAUCGAGAGCUAAAUUGAAUAAUAAUUACCUACUUAGCACCUAAUCUAACUUUAGAAUAAACUGUAUAUUUACCAUU